AAACGAGAUUUAGUUCAUAAGUAACAUUUACUCCCUCAAGUUAUAAUAUUGAAUGUUCCAGCUCGCGAUCUAUUUUCUAUACGCCUUUUUGGCCUGCGGUCUUUAUGGAGUCCACGCAAGUGAUGUGUGUCCUCGAAUGUCAACGCACAAGGAAGUGUGCCUUGUUGAACUAGAGCCAGUGCUCCAAUACAUUUCCAACAACCAUAAUAACCACUGGAACUCUGCUAACGCAAUUCAAAUAAAUGUAACCAGGAAACAACUGACUAAGAUUGAAGGUCAGGAGAAAGAAAUAAACGACAAGCUAAAAGUAAUACAGGAUAAUAUGGAAAGCCAAUUUAAUGCUCUAAGACCGAAGAUAAAGAAUGUGAAAAAUAUUCAACGUGAUUUGGCAAGUCUGGAGCUGCAAUUGCAAGAGACGAAGAUAGCCCUAAACCUUUCUGUGGAAGCCAAAAAAGUGAUGCCGAAAAUCGAGAUUCCUACCAAUUUUCAGAAAAUUGGCUGGAGGCAUUUUUUCAUAGAGAAUAAACACAAAGUGAAUUGGUUUGAAGCAACGAGUAAGUGCCAUAAAAUGGGUGGUCACCUGGCGACAAUUCAGAGCGAAGAGGAAUUAGAUGCUAUUCGUACGGAACUUGAGGUCAUUCAUGAGGAAAACCCUGACUUCUGGCUAGACAUCAACGACAUUGCGAAAUGGGGCGAAUUCGUUUCUUUAACAACGGGAGGGAAUCCACCUUUCUUUAAAUGGCAGAAACUCAGGCCUCAGGUGAAAAUUCACCAACGCUGUGUUCACUUACAUGGCGGCGAAAUGAUGGAUGGAAAGUGCAGCGAUAAAAUUUUUUUUAUUUGCCAACUUGCAGAACAUUAAAAGAUUAUAUUAUUGCUGCA